ACUCGGAUGCACCUGCAGUACUCAAGACAGCUCUGAGAGCUUUCACUUCCCCGCGAACAGCAGCACAGAUCCACAACAUGACGGAAUGUAUCAAAAACUGCUGCAGGACAUUUAUGUCCCAGCAGAAAGAACCAGAGAUUCAGAUGAUUAGAGUCCGACCUCCCGGUAAAUUAUUAGUUGAGUCUAAUUUGAAGAAGAGUGUUGGAGUAUCAGAGGAUUAUCUCCUUUCUAAACUGCCCCCGGAUGGCAAGGAGGUCCCCUUUGUCCUCCCAACCUUCAAGCCCUCCUACAUCCAGCCGAGAGGGGCACAUUACUCUGGCUACAACAUUGAGCAACAGAGCUGCACUAGAACCACUUAUGCUGACAGGAAGGCAGAGCUUGCGGGAGCCAAUCAAAUCGUGUAUGACCCUGAUUUGACAUUUAACACCAGUCAGAUCAUCAGCUUCGUGUCACCAGGUUCAGUGAGACGCCCCAGUUUGAAAGGCAGACACAACAUCAGCCCUGGCACAGGUGUGGAACACAAUGGCAAACAGAGACUCAGUCACUCCAUGUUUGAUUUGUCAAACCCUCAAGGCCCUGUACAGCGUUAUGAUUCUGUAUCCAGUGUUCAGAGCAGCACAUCUUCCAUUCAGGAUUCCUUUGGGAGUAGCCGUAGUCUAGAGUCCAUUACGCUGUCUGGCGAUGAGAGGGAUUGUGAGCUUGGAAAGGUGUGUGUACACCUGAGGUACGAGGAGGCGGUGGAGCAGGUGUGGAUCACCUUGGUGAAGUGUACAGACAUGAGUAUUUAUACUGAAGGAGUGGGGCCGCAGAGGAUUGGGGUCAAAGGGGUCAUCACCAUGACAAAGCUAGUGCGUUUCAAGAGCACAGUCAAGGAAGCAACAGCAGACACUGAGUUCAUGGAGACAUUUGUGUUCACUCUUAAUUUAGAGCAAAUACGCAGGUCUGCACUGGUACUGCAUCUGCAGGCUCAUACACCACGCAAGCGCACACUGGGAGAGUGUGUGUUAUCUUUCCGAACACUCGGCCCACAGGAAACACAGCACUGGCUGGAGUUCAGGCCUUACUCUAAAACUCACGUAUGUCAUGCUGAGCUUCAGCUGGCUUUGUGCUUUCAGCCUGUGAGCAGUCGAAUGCAACUACAGAUCCUCAGUGCUCAAAAUAUUCCGUCAUCUUCCUCUCCACUCACACACAGUUUCUUUGUGAAGGUGGACAUGCUGAGAGAUGGCCAGUUCUUACUGAAGAGGAAAACGAAGGCGAUGAAGUCAUCAGGGGGGCUUGUCCAAUGGGGUGAUGUACUUCUUUUGCCCAUCAGCAAUCAAGACCAGAAUCUGCAGCUUUCCGUCAAACUCUACAGCCGUGGCUCUGUUCGAAGGAAACACCUUCUUGGACAGGUCCUCUUGGGUUUUGACAGCUGUUCUCCAGAGGCAUUGGAGCAAUGGAGAGAUUCCAUCACACAUCCUGAAAAAGUGGUGACUUCAUGGCACAGAGUUAAUCGACCCUGAAAGAGAGAAGGUGUAGAAAUGAGAAAGAAAAACUUAAUGAUGAAAAAAGGAGCCUUUGUAGCUUUGGGAUGGUGGAGAGGGGUGGUGAAAUCACCAAACACUGUCUUGUAUACGCUUCAACUUCACUGGACUUAGCAGUAGAAACACUAAACUUUUUUAAAUUAAUGUCUUUGCAUGUAAUUUGUCAUGAAUGUGUGUUUUUUUUAAUGACGUAACCCUUUGGAAGAAGAUUAAAUCUGCAUUAUGGCACACAGUAAUUAAUUUUAGAGGUACUGUAGUAUUGUGUAAUUCAGAGGUUUAAUCUGAUCUGUAGAUAGUCACAAGGUAAAUAGUCACAAUCUAAGUUCUUUAUUGCUAACUUGAGAACAUGAAACUACCCACAGAAACAGGAUAUAUGCAAAAUAGACAUUAUGUGUAAUAAAAUAUACGUCAGAUUGCAGCUCUUGAUAAUUUUAACCGUGUGACAGCAUUUUAAACAGCAUAUUAUAUUAACAGAGUCGUACUUUUGUCAGUCAAAUAAUGUAUUUUCAGAAUUCAGAAAUGAAGUAUUUAUGUUCAGUAUUUUCUCCAGUCAUUGAUUUGGUGAUAAUAAUUUCACUUGCAUCAGCUGUCAAGAGUGCAAUAAACCUAUUUUUAAGUGCAGUAGAAACGCUUGUUCAGAAGUGUGUGUUAGUGUUUGGGUGAACACUUUGAAAAGCUUUUAAUUUUAGAAGUUAAGAAGGUUUUAGGUUACAUUCCCAUCAAAAUGGAAUUCAAUCUGUAAAUUCGUCCCCUAUGUUCUUUCAUGGAGAAAAGGAGAACAAGAGAAAGGGAAAGACCACAAGAGAGUGCAACAAAGAGACUUUUGUUAACACAGGCAUUUCUCUUCCCCGCAUCCUUUGUGUUGCCCUUAAUUCAAGGUGACCUAAAUCUCUGGCAAUCACCAUUUCUAAGAAUAUAUUUGCACCCUGGUGACAGUAUAGCUUAUUUAAGUGUUCAUAUUUAAACAGGUAUAUUGUGUUAAGUAAUGCUGUAGUUAAGUUGUCACGUGGUAUUAUGUAAGAGGCUUUUUCACAGAUAUUUAAAAAGCAAACAUUUUGUUCUUAUCGACUGUAUUUUGUGCCCAUGCACACAAAGAUUUGUUUGAUCAGAGUCUGGUAGCCUGAUGUGACCGCAAUUACAGUUUUGAUCAAAUAACACUGGGAAAGAAACAGUUGUUUGAAAUUAGUUUAUGAUGGGACAUUCUAAGUUGUAACAGAACAUGAAACAUUUUCAUUAUGCUGUUUCAUUGUGUAAACAGUGACAAAACCGAGACUGUCAUAACAAACCCAUUUGAACUAAACAGUGAAUUGUCAUACAUGUUUCUGUUUAAUACACUGUAAAAACUUUUGGUAUUGUACUGUAACUUGAAACUUUUGAUUUAUGUGGUAACAUCUACUGUAUAUCAGCUGGUUUUAUUAUUUAAUAUGACUGAAUCAAACUGUCUUCCAUUAAGACAAACCAACUAAACUAAUUGUCACGGGUUAAAUCAAUUAAAAAUAACUCCACUCAUCUACUUUCCAGAUUCAACCUGGAACAGGAUGGUAAAGUUCUGAUGUUUGAUUAUGCAGAUUGCGGUUAGUUUGCACUGCUCAUCUUCUUGAGGUUUUUGUUUUAACUACCCAAAAACCUGUUCAACCUAUUGGAUCACAGCACUACAGUUAACUGCAAACCCUAAUAAGUUAGCAGAACUCAAAAAAUGUGAGUUACAUCCCAUUUGUUUCAUUUAAUAAACUCCCAAGUUUAAGUCAAUAGAACUUUCAGGUUUUGAUUACACAAGGAUAUUUGUUGCUCUUAAUUUGAAAUGUUGAGUGAGCUAAACCAAUUUUAAUUGUCCUUAAGUUUACAUUGACCUUGUAAGCUCAUCUUAAAUACUUCUAUAAGUAGAAGGAACCCAACUAACUAGUCCUAGUCAAUUCAGUGAAUGCUAGCAUGAUAUAUUCAUAUUAAUUGGUAACAUUAUGGUUUAAGUAGCACAGUAAUUGCUGUAUGAAUAAAACAAUAUAUCAGAAAUUAGCCUUGAAUCGUACCUGCCCUCAACCUAAGCUCCACUGUUCACCUUAAUGGUAACCUCCAAAAACGUAAACAUAACAGAAACUCUUCUAAAUAACAGAACAACCCAUUAAACCCUAACAUGCCUCCCCUUUACAUUCAUCUUGUGCAACACAUUACAUGACACGUAAUUUUAACAAUUACUCUCCCUGUCGAGUGCCAUUCAAAGCAUGAUAGGAGCAUUUAUGUUAAAUAAAAUUUGGUUGCUAUUCCGUACAUUACAUACAAAUCCACAGGAAAUGCCAUUAAUGGCUGUAAACUGACGAAGGAUGCCAGCAUGAGUCUGAUUGUUUGUGUUCCUUAACCCCUCUGAUUGUGCACUUUCUUUAAAGGCCUCUUAGAGGAGUUUCUACAUCCGGCUGUUUGAUUUCAUUUACGUCAUAAUUUACGCGAUUUGCUGUUUGAACAGUGUUAAUGGUUAUUCUUAAAGACACACCCCCAGCACAAUCCUAGAAAAACAGCUGAUCUUUGUGUGUGAGAGUAUUUGUGAGUGCUACUGUGUGUGUUAAGUGUUGUGUUUGUAGCAACCACAAAAUCAGUUGCUAAAAUUGGUCCUUGAAAUGUGAAAUUACCUAUUGAAAUAAACCCAAGGUCCACCAAAAGUAAUAUGUUUUUUUUUUCACACUGUGCAAAAUAUUAUAUAGGGAGACAGAGAAAGUAACUAUAUAAAGUAACCUGAACCUGAGAAGCUGUUCUCAUAUUAGCAGUCUAAGCCUUCAUCGGACAAUGAAGUUCAUACAGUGUAAAAUGUAUACACUUUGUUGGCCAUUACACAAUUGAUAUAUGGCAAACUUG